GCCCCAUCAGUCUUGUGAGAAAUCGUGAACGGUUCAGUUUGGCCUCCAGUAGAGUUUCGGUAAACGCUUGCUUUGAUCGGUUCGGUCUGUGUGUUACCUUUUUUGCUGUGAGUGUGCAAUUCCAUCGGAUAUAGGUGCAAACAUCUGAUCAGGCGUCGCCAAUAGCAACUGCUUUAGUUUACGGGCUGCUCGUGACAUCGCUAAUUGAAUCAUCAUCUUCAUCGCCGCAAAGAAUAACAUCUUAUUUUGUACCCAGCCCAGGAUAUUGUGAUGAAUCGUGCUUAAUAAAUUUAUUAACUUGCGGUCAUUCCACACAAACCGUUCGGAAAACAGAUCAAAGGAAGCCACACGUGCGGCGGUGCUUAGUGUUUUGAGUGUUUGGCAUUUGAAAUGCAUGCCUGUCAAUUUCCGUAAGGUGAAGAAACAACGGCGGGAGGAAAUUUCCAGUGCAAUUUACGUUCAACGAUUUCUCCGGGUUUGAAUUUCGGUGCUGUGCAAAGAAGGGAAUAGUUUCGUCCCGAUCGAUUUUAAUUACAAAAGUGUUUGGAAGUUACCGAAUAUAGCAACACAAGAUGGAGUUUCGUUUCAACUGUCAUCCCCUGUUUCGGCAGCGCAUCGUGCGGAUUGACAACUCACUCCUGCCGACUGGAUUCGUGGCGCAGCACAGGCGAGAAGCUCUCGAUGCCACAGCACAAAUCUCCGAAAUCAUCAACUUUGUCGGCCAGUUGUCUGCACAAGCACAGGGACUAUCGAAUCCAGUGACCAACUCACAGAAGCUUCGCAAUUCCGACCACCACAUCUAUCUGAUGUUUGAAUCGAAUCAGAAACAUGGACUGGUCGUCGGUAUUUUGAAAGUCGGUCGCAAAUCCUUGUACGUGUUUGACCAGAACGGCGAGACGAUUAACGUGACGGCGCCGUGCGUACUGGACUUUUACGUGCAUGAAUCGCGACAACGUGGCGGACUGGGCCGGGAGCUUUUUGAACAUAUGCUCAGCGAGGAACACAUCCAUCCGGAGGAGAUGGCCAUCGACCGGCCGUCGGAGAAGCUGCUCGGAUUCCUGCAGAAGCAUUAUGGACUCUACAAGAAGAUACCACAAAUGAACAAUUUCGUCGUAUACGAGGGUUUCUUCACCAACAAGGAGCAUGCUUCGGACAUCGACGGUCGCCGUAUGCACAUCACUGCUAGUCCUAACACGAACCUCUUCGGGCCCACAUUCACCAGCGUCGGGGACCAGAGGAGGUCCAGUUCGCAAACGCGUCAACCGAUCGUAUCCCCGCCAGUCGUUCAGCAACCCCCGGUGGGUCGCUAUGCGGCAAAACGACCGUCCUGCAGUAUGGCACAGAUAAUUCACAACAGUCCCACGGCAGUAUCAACCGAGCCCGAUAGCACUUCCUCUUCCACUAACAACCAUCAUGCGCCUCCAGCUACUUCCGCCUUUACUGCUAACAAUAAUGAGUACGAAAAUCAUCAUCAUGACCAUGAUCAUCAUCAUAAUCAUCCUGAUUCGAACGAGUAUGACCAGCAGCAGCAUGAUUCAGAUGCGGAAGCACAACCCAGCAAUGACGGUGUUGCUGAGGAGGUCCUAUCGGCUAAUUUGAAAAAUUUGUCCAUGUCGGAGCCAGCCGACUACAUUGACCAUCAGGCCAAUAAUCAUCAUCAACACCACCACAAAUCGGGUCAAGAAGUGAAAUUUGCCGAUGAAUAUGCUGACAUUCCAGAUUCCGCUGAUCCGGAUCCGUACAGCUUCCAUCCGCAUCAUCUCGAACUAACGCCACAGCAACAGAUUCCGCACCAGGAUCAGCAGAUGAUGAUGACUAAUCGUGAAAAUUCUGCUUCUCCCCAAUCGAUCAGCCAGCAACAGACGCCGGAACAUCCGGGUCUGAAGAAACCCAUGCGCUACACAAAGCAACACACCGGAUUGAAGAACAUGUCUUCGGGAGUGGGAGCAGCUGUGACUCCAUCCGGAAAAAUGGAAUUCGACCAGGAAGAGAACGAAGGAUUCGGCUCGGUGAAGAUCAAUCGACCGAUCGGGAAGUCAAGUACGCGGAACAGUCUUUCCGGGGACAACGAUAAUGAAUCCGUCCACUCGAAGGGUUCCGACAGUAGCCAUCUGACCGACCAUGGACAUUUCGAUCUCAAAUUCUACCACAAUAAGUUGUGGUAAAAAAAAAACAUUCCAAACCUCUUUUCAACAAAGAGCUAUCACUCUUUUGAUCCUGUAGACCAGAAAUGUAAAAUAUCACAUUGAUCUCAUAUGAAACUGAAGAUUUAAGAAUCGCAUUUCACUUAACUAACGGAGGUUGCAUGAUUUCGUAGUCGGAGUAGCUUAUCUCGCAUUUGAACAGAAAACCACAGAACGAUAUUUAUUGUUGUGUAGAUGUCAGAGCUUGUUGUAUCUAGUAGCAAUGUUUAGUUAUUGCCAAGUAAGUAAAAAUCGUUGCAAAAAAAAAAAAUGUUAAUUACUUCCGUUUGGACCUUGUUUCGUUACCAGCGAUUGAAUUUUGAAUUUUGUUUUGUUGAUUUUUGAAACGAUACCCUAUCAACUCAAUAGUCAACUGUAAUUCGUUGCAGAAAUAUUCAGGAAGACUUCCUGAAAGAUUACAUCAUCCAUUAGGAGGAUUGUUGCUCCAUACUACUAUUACUACUACUACUACUACUACUACAUCCACUACUUCUAAUUCUCGAUGAUCCUGAUGAUUCCAACAUAAGAACGAAAACCAAAUAAAUGUGCAAUUUAAAAUUAAAAUUUCGAUAUUGUAGGGCUUUAGAGAACAAAGAAAACAAAUACAACACGUGCAAAUUUAGUAUUAGAUAAAAAAAGAUAAAGGGAGGAACGCUAAAUGAUCUGAAAUGGGUUUACCUAUCUAUGAGCUAUUAAUAAAAACAACCUCUAGCAACUAUGAAACUUCAGUC